AUGGAACUGAUGAACCACUUGGUCCCUCGAACAGACGAAACAUGUACAGGUGAUAAACUUUGGUAUGUCUGUACUGCUGGUGACUACAAGGGUUGUUGUUCCAGCAAUCCGUGUACGUCGGGAGUAUGUCCAGACGACGAUGAUACUACAACCUCCUCUACAACAACGACUUCAAGCACCUCCACAUCCACAAAAAGCUCAAGUACUACCAGCACUACUAGUACGACGACCUCAUCAGCGCAGACAACGACCUCAGCAGCGCAGACAACUACCUCUGCUACUGCGGCCACCGGAAGUUCUAGCACCAGCUCGAGCACGGGUACUAUCGCAUCCGCAACAUCUACAAGCACAUCAACCUCAACCACAGCACCAUCCAGCUCCAACAAUCAAUCAGCCAUAAUUGGCGGAGCAGUAGGAGGCGUCGCAGCCCUUCUGAUCAUAGCAGCCCUCCUAUUCUGCCUCUGGAGGCGCAAACAACGCAGGAAAAACGCCCAACCCCGCAUUAUCGACAGGGGUCCAUUGGACUCGGAGCAACCAAACGAUCACCCAGUCCACCAGCUACCUUUCGCAGCCGAGAAAAUAAACGACUAUCACGGUGCCAUCCGUGGCCUCGCGGCCUCAGUCACAGACUCAAAUGACCACACCACCGUUGGCGGCUCCAAUGCAUCAACUACCGGACUUAGCAAAGUGGGCGGCGCAUCGUUUCCUAAUACGAUGUCCAACAUUCCCUCCGCUGAGCUCCUCGCCUCUAUCCCCAAACGGGCAGAGUUUACACCCGAGCUUCCAGAUAGAGCCUCCAGGCGUGUGCGUGCUGAGCUCCCUUCAGAAACUCAAAGAGAUCUUAUAAAUGUCCCGCUAGAUCAACGGCGGCCAGGAGUCAUGCUCUAUCAACGCGGUGGACAUUCGAAGCCUCUCCCUCAGAGUCCACUGGUUCCGUCUCCUUUGAAGUUGUCCUCGAGACUCCCGAAGGCCGAACCUGGGAAUAAAGCAUCAAACUUGGCCCCUGAUACCCUUAUGGCGCGUAGUACGGCCCGGCAGCUGGUUACCGACGAAGGAGUGGUCAUGGGCGCGAAUCUGGAUCGCUAUUCUGGGGACCCACGGGCAGAUGAUACAGACACAUCUAUUGACGGGUGGAACGGGGCUGACAAUGCGGCUGGGAACGGAAACGGAAACGGCAACAGUAACGGUAACGGGCUCUCGAAUGUAGAUCCAGAUACGAAGAAGGGCAAGGAGCACUCAUGGCAAUCCCAAGACCACGUCAUGAGCUUCAUGAACUUCGAUGGCAGUCUGCCAUUAACUGACGUCUCCGAGGCGGGCAACUUGCAGCGUGAAUCUGGAUCCGAGCAGGCCGUAUCCCCUCCCAUCUCACCUCCCGCCUCCACGACUAUCUCUGGUCCUAUUUCCCCUCCUACUUCUGUGUCUGCUUCGCCGGCUUUUCUUGGGAACAAGCAUGGAAUGAGCUUUUUGGAUGGCCCUCUUUCGCCGACGACGAGUGAGGUGCCGCCUGCUUAUGAGGCUGGGGAGGGAGACACUGAGUUCGAGGUUAAUGGGGAGAGGAAGACACCGGCUGGGACGAUGGGAUUGGGAGUUACGAGAUUUGGUUGA